AUGGCAGCCGCCUUAAACGCACCGACACCUGAGAUGGGUACAACGAAUCUGACCGAUGAUGAACAGGACAAAAAAAAAUGUAUUUUCUGUAAAAUCGUGAAGGGAGAAAUAGGAACUGAGCUUCUGCAUGACGAUGAAACCAUGUCCUGUUUCAGAGAUAUACACCCCGGAGCUCCUCAUCACUAUCUGGUUGUACCAAGAAAACAUGUGGGCAAUUGUAAAUCUCUCUGCAAAGAGCAUGUACCAUUAGUCGAGAAGUUGGUGGAAACCGGGAAAGAGAUACUUCAGAAAAACAAUGUGACUGAUUUAAAUGAUGUUAGGUUUGGGUUCCAUUGGCCUCCAUUCUGUUCUGUCACACAUUUGCAUCUCCAUGUUCUGGCACCUGUCAGUCAGAUGGGCUUCAUGUCCCGCGUGGUCUACCGGUUAAACUCGUAUUGGUUCAUUACGGUUAUUGACACAAAGACAAACAAGAUGUUUUCUGAGCGUAGCAAGAUGUCGCUGUUUCUUGCAAUCUGUUGA